CAUGAAGUCACUGCGGCCCAACGCCUGCAGCACACCAGCGCCUGCACCCCCCCGGCAACCCCACAGGAGCUCCAGUCCCGGAGGAAGAGAAGGACACCGCCGUAGGGCGGUGCGGAGCGACGCGGAGCGGUGCGGAGUUCCCUGCUCCCCGCCCCGGCCCGCCCCACUCCCCGGGCGGCCAAUGCGCGGCCGGGGGAGGCAGAGCCGGGACCGGCCCGGGGGAAAGCAUCAAGCCCAACUUUCUCACCUUGAAGGGAAUAAAGCUCUCCCGAUGCUUCCCCGCCCGCCGCCCUCUCCGCCGGCCCGGGCUGUCCCCUUGGAGGACGGAGCCGAGUAGGGACUCGAUGCGCGGCCAUGGGGCGCGGGGCCGCCCUCGGUGGGAGCCUGCUGCGGGCAGUGAUGCUGCUGGCCCUCUGCCCCGGCGCCGCGGGCGGCACAUGGAUGUGGUUGGGCAUCGCGGCCGCCGGCGGGCCGGAGAAGCCGGGCUGCGCCAGCCCUCCCCUGAGCCCCGGGCAGCAGGAGCUGUGCAGGCAGAAGCCGGAGCUGGUGCCCGCCAUCCGGGAGGGAGCGCGCCUCGGCCUCCAGGAGUGCCGCAGCCAGUUCCGACACGAGCGCUGGGACUGCCGCCCGCCGCCCGCCGCCCCGCGCCGCCCGCCCGCCGCCUUCGGGCAGCAGCUGAGCAGCGGCACGAAGGAGUCCGCGUUUGUCUAUGCAGUGACAGCAGCAGGGCUGGUGCAUGCCGUGACCCGCUCCUGUAGCGCAGGAAAUGUGACCGAGUGCUCCUGUGACACCAAGCUACAGGGCGGGGGCUCGGCCAGCGAGGGCUGGCACUGGGGCGGCUGCUCUGACGACAUCCACUAUGGGAUGGCCUUCAGCAGGAGCUUCCUGGAUGCACCCAUCAGGAACGCUACGGGGAAGAGUGGCAAUGGGCUGCUGGCAAUGAACCUGCACAACAACGAGGCUGGGAGGCAGGCUGUAGCAAAGCUGAUGUCAGUGGACUGCCGUUGUCACGGGGUUUCUGGGUCGUGCGCUGUGAAAACUUGCUGGAAAACCAUGUCCUCCUUUGAAAAGAUUGGCCGGUUUUUAAAGGAUAAGUAUGAGAACAGCAUACAGAUAUCAGACAAGCUGAAAAAAAAGCUACGCAGGAAAGAGAAGAGCCAGCGAAAAAUACCGAUCCAGAAAGAAGACCUGCUGUACAUGAACAAAUCGCCCAAUUACUGCGUCGAAGAUCAGAAACUGGGGAUCCCUGGGACUCAGGGCAGGGAAUGCAACCGCACGUCGGAUGGACCCGAUGGCUGCAACCUGCUGUGCUGCGGGCGCGGGUACAACACACACGUGGUCAGGCACGUGGAGAGGUGUGAGUGCAAAUUUGUCUGGUGCUGCUACGUGCGCUGCCGGCGGUGCGAGACCAUGACCGACGUGCACACCUGCAAGUAGGGCUCAGCACAGAAACAGCCGAAUCACCCCACGCUGGGCUGCCAGGCAGGCAGCAGUUACUGGGACAGGGACUGUGGGGGAUCUGCGUCCGGGAGAAUGGGCGUCGCCAAACUGGGCGUACUCCAAACAUGUGGUGUAUGAAAGAGCCAUGAGUGGACAGCAACCUGCACGCAGGGACAGCCACAACAGGGAAAGACUCCUGAUGGCACUUUUGAGCCAUCUCUGUGAUAGAGUUGAAACGUCUCCAGGAACUUGAGUAGCCACAACAUCUUGAAGAUCAAUGUGGUCGGUAGGUACAGUGCAGAGAACCCGAGAUCUUAUCAGUCAGAGGAUGAAAGACUGGGAGGCUUGUAAGACGCAUUAGAUGGAUCUGCUAGAUGCUUCAUUUCUACCAGUCUUACAAAAAAAAAGAUACAGGAAUGUUGAAUGUUCUGUUCACCCUGAGGCAUUUGCUUUGUGACCUUUUCAAAAGCUCUCUGCAUGAUGUGCAGAAGAGCUCCUGGUACCCAAAAAUGUGCGUGCCUAUGGAUAGGUGGGGUAGGAGAGGACGGCCGAGUGGCCUGGAGCAAACCAUGCCCAGAGCGGAGGGGCUGGAGCACAGUUCGGUGAAUGUGGUGAGCAUGGUGUGCUAAACAGCAACCUCAGGGUCUUGUACAAGUUGUCUUUCAAAUGCACAAAGGCCAGGUCUGAGGAGGGACAGAAACACAGCUUGGUAUUUGAGGGAAGUGCAGUCCCUCAUAGGUAUCUCCUCAGUACCUGAGUGCACAGUUUGCAGUCAACCCAUCAUCAUCCCAGUGUUGGACUUUGUGUGUUAACCUGCCAUGUUCAGCCAUCCUGGUGGGGCUCACCAGCAUUUUCACAAUUAGAUGUGAGAGUCAGCCCAAAGAAAUCUGUCAUUAAAUGAGAGGUUUUAAACACAUCAAUCACAUUCUCUUAUAGGAGCUACAGCUAGAGCUUUUCAUUUGUAUCCCAAGUAAGCUCAGUGCACAAUGUCACUGAAGGAUUGGCUCACACCACUAAAAUAUUUCAACUAUUAUCAAUAACAUUUUGUCCCCUCCAUAUGUUGGCUUAACUUUAUUUUACAUCUGGAAAAGGUUGUUUAUUUUUAUGCAAGGAUAUAAUUCCUGGUUUAAAGAAGCAUCACGGGAAAGGAUUUCUGUUGUUUAAAUGUGCAAAGACCUAUUUUUGAUAAGACAAGAAAAUUUAUAUUUUGUAAAUAUUUAAAUUAUGCAAGUUAUGUAAGAGGCUUCCAAAAUGAAUGUGCUAAGAUGCCUUUGACAUUUGCUGCUGUUUGUUACUAUUGCAGCAGCCUCUAACUGGUUUUUAUUUGCAUGUGCAGGGGGAACUCACUCAGAAGAUUACUGAAAUGAUCUUUCUUUUUACAGUCAGGUUGGUUAUAACUGUUGCAGUCAACACACUGAUGAGAAGCACUUAUUUUGCUGUUCUAAAUGAUCAUUAAUUACUAUUCUGUAUAGUUUUUCUGUUCUUUUCAACCCAUUUUGCGUACAGUGACAUUUGGGUCCAGUGGUAAGUGGCAGAACUCCCACUGACAUCAGGGGGACUGCUCAGGGGCUGCAGUCUCUUAACUUGUUCCACACUGGCAGGCAGUUUUUAGGAAGAUAUCUGCUGAGACACUUUGGUUGAGGCUUUCAAAGCUGUCAUUCGUUUUCUCGUGAAAGUUGGUGACCAGAUUCCCUGUCACUGUUUAUUGGAUGUGUAGGUCAGGAGGAAGGAAACAAAACCUGCACUGUGGUUUGCUGCUGCCUUGUGUGGAAUAUCAGGAAGAGAAGAAGUCCUUUAUCUGCUGGUUCUUCAGGAACCAUCCUCCACUUUUGGCCACUCUCUGCAUUGACCUAGCCAGAUAAUGGGGAGAAAACGGUGUGGGGUCCUGGGCACAAGGUCAGUUUCAGGGAUUUGCCCAGGAGAUAAGAUUUCAAAGGGCUGUUUUUGUGAGUUGGAGCAGAAGGGGCACGCACAUCAGCAUCUCACUGAGGAGUGGGGCAGUUGUGACAGGGCCAACGCGUUCAAGGUGUCGGUGCCUGCUUGGGUAGCUCCUGUUUGAGGCUGCAGAGCAGUCAUCUAGAUCAAAAAGGUAAAAUAAAAUCAAUUUUGUUGUUAAAUGUUAUUAAUAAAAGAUUUUUUUUUUCUGGUUGAAAGGGGAAAGAGUUGUUUUUUUCAGAGCGUGACAAAAGACAACAAAGAGAUGCAGGAACGUGGUUUACGAGACAGUAUGUGGUUUAUGAAAGCUGGGAUGGCUGAACAAAUGGUGUAUGAGGGAUCCGAAGCUUUGCUAAAAUCCAUCCUUUUUAAAAGUCCCACUGUGUGUGUGCUCAUCCAAACAAGAGAGAUUAGAAAAAAAUGGGAAGAAAUGCAGAGUUUGAGUGGGAGAUAGGCCUUAUCUCUGUGUCCUUUGUGCACGAGCAGCAGUUUGUGAAAAGUAGCUAACCAGUGAAAAAGGCCACGGGUUUACUUUUUGAAGAGCAGAUAAUGGUGUCCUCUUCCUGAAACAAAAACCAUAGGUGUCACUUUGAGAACAGAAAUGCCCAGGGACUGACUGCGUUCUCAGAGCAGAGCUGUAGCACUGACUGAAGCACGGGGCACACGCUAGCAGCUGAGGAACGCCAUCUUUUCCUACCACUGAGGCAGAUCAUGCCAAAGGAGGCAUUCUUUGUCUCGGCCUGUAACGUAGCGUAGACAUCACUUGUCCGCCUACCCAUGAACUCAGCUUUCCAGUCAGGGCUACGCAGGACCAUCCCAGCUCUGGCUGGUGGGCAGGUGCUCAAGGAUGGGCAGGGCCCACAGCAGUCAGCUGCAUGAAGUUGCUUUUCCUAAACAUGGGCUCCUACGGGUUGCAUUUCUGGAAGUCAAAUACGCUUUUUUCCUUUCACAAAUCACAAAUGUGAACUCCACGUUAAAUGAAUGCUAGAGAUAACUAAUGCUCAAGCACUGAUUGAUACUCAAUGCUGAAAUACACUACAUUAAGAAAUUAACA